AAUUCUUCUCACUGUCUUCCUCUCGUACGCCGCCUGCCUUUCUCUCAUCGCCCUGAACAUUCUCUUUGUAAGAAGUCAACAGAAGUACAGAACCAGAGAGAAGAAGGAUCGAAUCACUGACACCAAAGGAAAGAAUUUCUAGCUUUUUUCUUCCUUCUCUCUUCUUUUUUUUUUAUUUCUACUGAUACUGAUACACAAAGGAGGAGGAUAGACAAUUAGACAUGGAGGUCUCUCGUUGGGUGUUCCUUGUUCUCAGUCAGCUAUUGAUCCUCUCACUGGUGAAAGCUUUCAGGAGUCCCGGCCAUGCCAUCUCCUCCUUGUUCUUCUCCAAUCCAAAAUUGGAAGAACCAGUUUGGAAGGCAAAUCUGCAGACCCAUUUCCCAACUUCUUCGCAACUCCAAGCUGUUGUCUCUGCAGCCAACUCCGUUGCUCCAUCCAUGCAACAUUCAAGAACCAUACCAGUCAUCCUGAAAAAAGCCAAGACACCGAACAAGGCUGCACAGCUCGAAGAAGGACUUGCACGAGCUAGAGCUGCAAUCCGAAAAGCCGCUUCAACCCGAAACGUUUCGCGUGCCAUCGACGCCGAUAUCCCGAAAGGCGAUAUAUAUCGUAACCCUAGCGAGUUUUAUCAGAGCUAUGUAGAGAUGGAGAAGAGAUUCAAGGUGUACGUAUACCAAGAUGGGGACCCACCCAUGGUUCAUGAGGGACCAUGCAAGGACAUCUACACCAUUGAGGGCAGGUUCAUAGAGGAGAUGGAGUUUGGGAUGAAUGGGUUCAGGACCAGAGAUGCGCAACGUGCGCACGUUUACUUCUUGCCCUUCAGUGUAACCAGGAUGGUGGCUUACCUCUAUCAGCCUCUUUCCUAUGAUAUCUCUCCUCUCCAACGGUUUGUCUCUGGUUACGUAAGAUCAAUCUCGUCCAAAUACCCUUUCUGGAAUAGGACUCAAGGCGCUGAUCACUUCAUGCUCUCUUGCCAUGAUUGGGGUCCUCAUGCCACCAAAGGCAACCCAUUCCUCUAUAACACAUCCAUACGAGUCCUCUGCAAUGCCAACACCUCCGAAGGUUUCGUCCCUCGAAAAGACGUCAGCCUCCCGGAGAUCAACCUCUACGACGGCAACAUCUCGCCCAAACUCCUCUCACCACCCUCGGACGAUGCACCACGGCCAUAUCUGGCAUUCUUCUCCGGCGGCCUCCACGGUCCAAUUCGACCCAUACUCCUCCAACACUGGAAGGGUCAAGACACAGACAUCCGCGUCUACGAGUAUCUACCAAAAGAGCUCGACUACUACUCUUUCAUGCUCCAGUCUAAGUUCUGCUUGUGCCCGAGUGGAUACGAAGUUGCCAGCCCAAGAAUCGUCGAGGCCAUCUACGCCGAGUGUGUGCCUGUAAUUCUAUCGAACAAUUACGUCUUACCGUUCAGCGAUGUUCUACGGUGGGAAGCUUUUUCGGUUAGUGUCCGAGUGUCGGAUAUCCCAAGGUUGAAGAAGGUGUUGAGAGGAGUUUCAGAGGAUGAAUACAGGAAGUUGAAGGCGGGAGUGAGGGCGGUCAGGAGGCAUUUCGUGUUGAACCAGCCAGCGAAGAGGUUCGAUGUGUUUCAUAUGAUACUGCACUCUAUAUGGCUCAGGAGACUCGACAUAAAGAUUGCUGCAAAUAGAUCGAUGCAUGAUUAAUUGAUAUGUCUCUGUAAGCGUUUUGUAGCUGAGAAGAUAGUGAAAUUAGAGGAAAUAAACAGCAAUU